AUGGUUUGGUGCGAGUUCCAUGGGACCCCAGGGCAUAAAACCACAUAUUGUAAACACCUCCAAGAGGAAGUGGCUAACAUGCUUGUCAGGGGUCAUCUUCGUGAGUAUCUCAAUGAAAGCGAGAAAAAUAACUAUGGUAGAGUCGGAUCAGACGAAGAAAAAGGUGCACUCUGCGCUUCACCGCAUGUAAUAAACAUGAUUUUUGGCAGAUCUAUGAUUGCUGGGACCAGCUUUCACGCUUCCAGAAAGAUGAACAUCUCGGUAACACGGGAGAAAAGAACUCUGGACUUCCCGGAGGAGGAUUUGAUUGCUUUCUCUGACGAGGAUGCAACGGGCAUUACUUUACCUCACAAUGAUGCCUUGGUUAUCACUGUGUUUAUUGGCUGCUGUCAGGUAAGGCGUGUGAUGGUUGAUCUGGGGAGCUCGGCUAGUAUUCUCUGUUGCAAGUAG